CUUUCAGUACGCAUCGCGUGACGGGCACGUGGGUUCCCGUGACCGCGUUCCUCCAGGUUGAAUCAUUGAACCCACCGCUCUGGAUGCCUCCAGAUAACUACUAACCUCUUGACUUUUCUUCCGCUCUCUUCGUUGCACUCCCUUUUACUUGCUGGGUAUGGCUCUUAGCACCUCACCGCGUAAACUAUUGCCUCUCCCUAGCACGGAGGAUAUCAGACAUCGUUCAGAUCCCAGUUCAAGCUCUACGAAACGCAUUUUUUUCUGUGGAGUUGUUGUGGAGGGUUCUGAGAAUGGGCGAAGGCUUCCGGACGAAAUUCAAGAGCUGGUUUUAUCUCUUGGAGACGUCUUAGAAGGGUCAGAAUGUGACAGUGGCAUGCUUUCCUCGGCCUCGAACGGUAAUCAGACGCAUGCUCGACCAACCACUCGGAAAAGGGCACUCACUGACUCUUCAGCACUUUCCUCAGCUAUCAAUGAACUAGUCGCCACUGAACGGUCCUAUGUACGACGCUUACAAAUUCUCAAGAAAGAUUACGCAGACCCACUACGAAAUUUUGCUCGCAGCAAAAGCACCGCUAUACUCCCUAAGUACGAAGCCACAACGCUUUUUGGAAAUAUCGACAAUCUGCUUCCAGUCAAUGAAGCCUUCCUGACGGAUUUGGAGAAGAUGGUCGCUCCGAAUGGCCCUAAAACAGUAGGAGGGAUUGGUGACGUUGCUCUACGGCAUUUCAAAGAACUGCGUGGCUUUGAGCAGUACAAACAGUAUUAUGUGAAGAGAGAAGAGGCACAGGUGAUAUUCGAACGGGAAGUUUCUAAGAGGUCGUCCUUUGCGGCUUAUAUUGACCGCAUCAAGUAUCAAUCUGCCGAUAUGAAAAACCGAAUUGGAUUAAGGGAACUCCUGAUGGAUCCUGUUCAGCGUAUACCCCGGUAUACGCUACUCUUUCGGUUGAUGAUGAAACAUAUGGCAUCCGAUGAUCCCCAAAGGGCUAAGGUUAUGGAGGCCGAUGAAAUUGCUGGCAAGAUUGCUCUCGCAGAGACUGAUGAGCAAACUCAGCGCGCGUCGAUUUUUUACUGCCUUAUAGCAAAUAUCGAAGGGUUCCCUCCGGACUUGUUCUCCAACUCACGAAGAUUCAUUGAUUGCAUCGACGUCGAAGAGGUGCCUGCCGAUGCACUUAUACCUUCCACAGCAUCCGCGGCCAGCUCGGGCCUGAGUUCGUUGCAUUGUACCCUCUUCCUCUUCGAUGACAAACUUCUUUUGGUCAAACGACCUGGGAAUGGUGAAAAGGGAGGACGGGUCCUUGCAGGGUUGGAUAACCCGGACAAAGUUUCAAAGGCGGGAAUGAUUCCAAACGGAAGAAAGAAAAGUGGAAUGGUUUGUAAAGGGGUGUUUGACGUAACUGACGUGGUAGCUACCGAUGUCGAGGGAGCCGAUAUCCAUUUGUAUCUUGAAAAUCCACCACAGGAUAUGGGUGACAGAUGGUCUGGUCGACCGUUCAGGGCUCUUUCGGUCGUUCAUCCGCCUUCUCCACCAAACCUUGAUCCAAAGGGGACAAGUGUAGACAAGCACCGUUUUCUGGAAAGCCUAUGGAAAGUGCAAGCAAACUACAGAGCCCGUGCUGGGCAAUCUGUAGUUCUCCGUGCGGAAGAGGUUGAAGUCGAGUCUAAAGGAGGCAAGACCACAAUAGCAAGGACUUACUACAAUGUCUACCAGAGAACUGCUUUUCUGCAAGAACCCAAGAAGACAAAGAUUGUGGUCCAUGUCGAUGAUAAUGGCACUGCCGACUCAAUCCCGUUUGGCGUGGGUUUGCCUCCUUUCGUCGUGAUUCGCUUGCAACCGCUCGCAGGAGGUGUAUGUCGGUAUAAAGUUAACUCCAGUGAUCCUUCAGACCCAGGGGAAGAGGACAUAGUCCAAACUACUCGGGUGCCCUCUCGAGUUGUUCUCACAAUUCACCAGUUUGGAUUGUUUCAAUUCCGAACGGGAAAAAACUCGCGCCCGCCCACUCCAACUGCUAAAACUAAGGCUUCUAUCUUCGGCUUAGAUGCGAUCUCUAGGACGUUCUUUCCAUCCUCAAGGCCAGGCACCUCAAUGGGAGAUUUCUUUUCCGGUUCCAUUAACAGCCAUCGACGUACAAAGUCUACUACAAGUCGAUCCUCUAUGUAUACACAUACCGCAAGCACAGCGGACAGUAGCUUCAAAUUUUCGCAUCGUUCAAACUCCACGGCUACGGCUGCAACGACAGUAUCUGAAGCAGACGAUGAUGCGUCCUUUUUCUCCACGCCGUCAUCAAGGAAGCGUAAGCAAAGGGAAAGAGGACGCUCACCUGAACCGUUAUCCGAUGCGGAGGGAUCCUUCAUUCAAAGCGUUACUCGUUCCAUCGGCAGAUCGCGGUCGGCAUCCAGGGAAGGUGGGAGUGAUGCCCACGACGAGGACGUGUUCGAGGAAGCUCCGGAGUUAAACACCUCUGAUCGUCAUCUCGCCCUUCAACUGGAGCUAGCUCGCCGGAAUAGUAAGAGUCAGAAUGAAAGACAAACGCCGACGUUUUCGCAACUGCCAGAAGGUGCCCCGAUUUACGAAGAGGAUCCCCCGCCUCCAGUAAGGCCGACAUCAAGAGCCUCAACGACUCAGGACUCGAGCAGCCAAUGCACGAUCACUGGAGAUUGUUUGCAAUCUCCCUCUUCCCGUAUGUCACGCUCAUUAUCUCGUGGAUCGUCUGCGGAUCGACGCCCUCUGGGCCCUCGGAGCCCAUCUCCACUCCCCCCGUCACGUAGUCCACGUCCGCCGUCGCCUCUCGGAUUACCUUCAAUGGAUGACGAGGUCUUCAGAGCUAUUGACGGCGAUUUACCCCAAACCCCUCUUGCAUCCUCGCGACUGACGGGUAUCCCGCGUAGUAAAAGGCAGACGUUCCUUCCUCCCGAACAUAGUGAGACACCAAGAGGAAAUACACAUGGAAUUGCUCCUGCUCCACCCACUUCCGUUGAACCUUUGUCCAUCAAAAAGAAAACGUCUGUUCGCAGUGGCGCUUGGGCUGGGGAGUCCCCAGUUCCAAGGAGAUCUGGCCGCACUUCUCUAUCGCGUAUGCCUACGAAGAGAAACUCUCCACGACGAGUCUCCCCGCAGAUCAAGCUUGCUAAGAUUGCCAGCAUGUCAUCCGUUCCUACAACACAGGUAUUGGGCGAAGUGGAGAAUAUUUUGCAUCUAGCUCAGACUACGAAAGAAGACGUCGAAUCUGGACAUCGUGCUGUCAAACGCUUGAAGGUCGAGAUCGAGAGACAAGGAGCCAUCAUCAAAGACGUGGAACCAAUAUCCAGACCGUCCUCUCCGGUGAAAGGAUUGCGGACGCCUCAGAGGGCACCUGCGACUCCGAUGACGAAGGCCGCUCAAGCUCGUCUGGAUGAAAUGCGCCAACUUAUAGGACAACGAAAUGGUGAACUAACACCUCGUAGCCGUCCUCCCGGCAGUGUUCUAGGGACGCCACUUUGCUCUCAUAGUUCAAUUGAUUCUCCAGCAGCAGGACCUGCUUUCACACCUUUUGCUAACUUUGGAACGCUGGCAACAGAUGCAGAUGCACAUUUGGUCAGAGCACUCACAACACUUGAGACUCUUCACAGUUCCGCGAAGGAAGUGUCGCAUCAGCUGAAGGAGCGAACGACUGAUCUUGAAAAGAAGAAUGUUGAACUUCAAAACGUUAGAAGGCAGCUGGAGGUAAUGAAAAGCUUGCUAGAAGAAACAACAAAGGAGAAGGAGAUUAUGUACGAGGCGUUCAAUGAAGAACUGGAUGGCAUGUAUAAUGACGCAAAUCUCCCUGACGACGAGGCGUGGCUUGCGUUGACAAACGAUUUACGAGAUACAAAAGCAUCCAGGAACCACUUAUCCAUGGAAAAUUCGGCCCUGAGGAGGCGGCUCGCUGAAUUGGAGCUACAACUAGAGGAAUGCCGGCAGGAAAACUGCAAAAUAUCCUCCUAG